GGGGCGGGAACAGAAGCGCCCCCCUCAGGCGCCCGGCGGGGCCGAGACUGCGCUCCCUGCCGAAAUCUACUUCGCGUCCUGGGUGUAGAGCGUUCGCCAGCCCGGGCCACCGCUGGCCUCUUCCCAGAAACCGAAUUCUUACUCUUGGCCGCCAAUAAGCAUUCGUCUCCCCUCUCCCUCACACCCUGCGGUUUUUUGUUUUGAUACGGGUGUAUGAAUAGACUAUAGCUGUGUCAGUGUGUUAUGAUGCCGUCUCGUACCAACCUGGCUACUGGAAUCCCCAGUAGUAAAGUGAAAUACUCAAGGCUCUCCAGCACAGACGAUGGCUACAUUGACCUUCAGUUUAAGAAGAGCCCUCCUAAGAUCCCAUAUAAGGCCAUUGCGCUUGCUACAGUGCUGUUUUUGAUUGGCGCCUUUCUCAUAAUCAUAGGCUCCCUUCUGCUGGCUGGCUAUAUCAGCAAAGGGAGAUUCCAGUUCUGUAGGUGGGUGGUGAGAAUCUGCAUUUCUGACAAGUUCCCAGGGGGCAGACCGGGCUGUUCCCGUCCUGAUCAUUGGCAUCCUGGUGUUCCUGCCAGGAUUUUACCACCUUCGCAUCGCCUACUAUGCAUCCAAAGGCUACCGGGGUUACUCCUAUGAUGACAUUCCAGAUUUUGAUGACUAGCACCAACCCUUAACCCUGAGGAGAAGAGUCACAGAUGGGACUGAGACCAGCUUUAAGAUAUUGAGCAGAAACUGGCUAAGGGCUAAGGAGUUCUGCAGUUUGCGAUGUUAAACAAAAGAAUGGCCAUCCUCAAGAUGUCAACUGAGCUUACAAUUACAAAUUAACUAAUUAGGACAUGCUCUAUUUUUCAUCUCCUGGCUCUGGCAAAAGCUGACAAGUUUUUCCACACGAAUAUGUAUCUUGGAAGAGUAGCGGCGUUAAUGGUGUGGGAAAGCAGGAGGUUACCCUGUAGUGGAGAGUGUUACUGCUGCCACCCUUUUUAGAGUUCAGCGUUUCUUUUAAAUCGUCCUCAUUGUCAGUUCUGGUAGCAAAUGGAAAAAUUUAAUAUGUCAAAUUUCUUAUUACUCGUAAUUUAUCUUGAAAACAUCUAAGUAUCUUACCCCUACACUCAUCUCUCACUUUGUGUGCUAGUGGAAGACCUUGGCAAACCAAAUGUCAGUGUGGGUGCAUCUGUAAUAUUUUUUACUUGCUUUCUUAUUAACAGCAGCCAGGACUUUUUUAAAUCUCAGAGCAAGUUUCCAGAAGGUAAACACCUCUGUUCACCAAUCCUUGGUCAGCUUUGAUUUGGUCCACCAGUAAGUUGGCCAACAUAAUUUGGGUUAUUCUGUUCUUCAUAGAUCAAGAUGUUCUGUAUAUCGUGCCUUUAAGGACUGGACUUUGGCUGUUUCCUAAGGAAAAAAUGUAGAUAAGUGAUUGUUAUUUAGAGAUUAUAAACCUGUUGUUAGCACCUUGCAUUAUGAUGUCAUUCUGCUGAAGACUGCAAGACUCAACCUGGAUUCCUAGAUGGACUAGACUGCCUUAGUUUGAUUCUGUUUCCUAGCUUGCAUGAAGUGACAUAUUCAAAAGAAAUUAAAAUGCCAAAAUCUAAAC